AUGUCUAAAGAGGACUGUGUGCAGUUCAAAUACUCACAGACUAAUGAGCUGAACAAAAGCUAUACAGCAGGUAGGAGAGAAGAGUCUGAGGAGGAGGAAGAGGAGGAAGAUCAGAUGGAUGCUUUGUAUCCUCUCGGUGGCUUCAUCAUGGUGAUGACGGAGGAGGGAGAGCUGAUCUACCUGACGGAGAGCGUCAGCAGACACAUCGGCCUCACACAGGUACACCAGCACCUGCAGCAACAACUACAACAAACAAGAGAGAAUGACAUCACAUUCCCUUCAGCUGCUCUGUUUGUGUUUUCAGGUUUACGUAAGAAACCGCUGGCAGAACAGCCGAGUGAGAGGAACUUCUUCCUGAGAGUGAAGAGCACGCUGACCAGCAGGGGGCGCACCGUCAACAUCAAGGCAGCUGCCUGGAACGUUAUCCACUGUACGGGUCACCUCCGUCAGCUGGGCGGGGGCUCCAUCGUCCCCUGCAGGCAUGUGAUGACCCUGCUGUGUGAGCCCAUCGCUCACCCCUCCAGCGUGGAGUUCCCUCUGGACACCUGCACCUUCCUCACCCGCCACAACCGGCAGUUUUUCUUCAAUCUUCCUGUUUCCAGGGUGACAGAGUUGGUGGGAUUAGGAUACAAACCUGAAGAUCUGAUUGGCUGCUCAGCCUACGAGUUUUAUCAUGCACUUGACUCUCAUCACGUCAACAAGAGCCUGCAGACACUGCUGUCCAAAGGCUAGGUGAGCACCAGACAUUACCGCUUCCUGGCGAACGGCGGGGGCUUCGUGUGGGCGGAGACCCAGGCCACCGUCCUCUACAGCAGCAGGACGUCGCUGCCCGAGGCCGUGGUCUGCCUCAACUUCAUCCUCAGCGGAGUGGAGCAGCCGGACGUGGUUUUCUCCGUGGAGCAGACCCGCUGCGGCCGGCUGCCUGAAGCUGAGCCCCAACCAGCAGAGGAUUCUGGGAUUUCUGACCUCAGCCAGUCUGACUCCGGCAGUGAGUGUCUCACCAUCACCGGUCAGUUUGAGGACGCCGGUUCGAUUCCCAGCCCCGUGGCAGAGCUCUUCCUUCAAGUGAAGGAGGAGCUUCUGAAGGAGGCUUCAGAGGCGGAGGACCCCAUCACCCCGCUGACAGGAGAUUUAUUGGAGCUGUCAUUCUGCAGUCCCCGCGGUCAGUCCUCUGUGCCGGAGCACCCUCAAGAGCUGUGCACCCCCCAGCUGCGUCAGCUACUCUCACCCAUCUUCAGCCCCCUCACUCCACCUUCCUCAUCCUCCCCUGAGGAUCAGCUGCUUCAUGUUUCUGUCUCUGAGCAGGAGGUGAUGGAUCUGGAUAUGUUGGCUCCGUAUACCUCCAUGGACAAUGACUUCCAGCAGAGCGUCCUCAGCAGUGUGGACGACAAGCCCUCCUCCUCCUCUAAAGCGUCCGCUGGGAGGCCGGCAGACCCAGCCAGCAGGAAACGGACUCAUAACCCAGACGAGGAGUUGCUGAUGAUUCAGGACAAGAGACAGAAAGCAGAUCCUUCCUCCAUAGAAGAGGAACUGCUGCUCAGCCACAGACUGCUGGACUGUCUGGAGGUUCACUAG